AUGGUGGAUAUAGAUAUCAUCUUGGGGAUGGAUUGGUUAUCUGCCCAUCGCAUCCUCAUAGAUUGUGCUCGUAGAGAGUUGGUGUAUCCCCAGUUGGAGGAUGGGGUGUUGGUGUCAGUUGGUCAAGCUGAGCAGUUGAUGAGGGGUGGAACUGAGUGCUUCAUGUUGUUUGCUGCUGUGAGUAUUGAGACAGAGAGGGCCAUCACUGGGAUUGAUAUGGUCAGUGAGUUUCCUGAGGUGUUCCCAGAUUAUGUGCCGGGAUUGCCUCCUAUGCUUGAUAUUGAGUUUAACAUUGAUCUGGUACCCGGUGCAAGAUGGGUAUUGGUGGCUCCUUAUAAGAUAUCUCUAGCUGAGUUUGUAAACCUGAAGAAGCAGAUUGGGGAUUUGUUGGAGAAACAAUUGGUGAGGCCCAAUGUUUCUCCUUAG